GCGUAUGCAUAUGUCUCGUCUCUCAUCCGGAUGACGGAAAAAAGAAAAUUUCUUAGCGAAUCUAAAGUAAAUGGACAAUUUCCGUUCAUCUUUCUUCCUUUCUUUUUUUAGCCCCCAGGAGCUGCAUCUCGACAGGGACUCUGAUGGUUGUCAGCAUUGAUCGAACCUUUUCAUCGAUCCACCAGCAGCUGGUUGACUGUUGUGUGGUCGGUUUCGACCGAGCACGUCAUCAUAUGCUUCUGCACCAGGCAGCAAAGAUACAAAAGAAAGAGAAACAUUUCCAGAGAGAUGAUGAAGCCAGAAAUUUACGUUUCCUUUUUCUGGAUCGAUCGGUGACUGAUUACGAUCGUGCCAUCUGGAUUGGUUUCAUUUCCAAUCAAAUUGGCACCGCACAAUUGGCGAACGUUCUCCUUCUCCUCUACGCUCCUAUCGAUGCACAAGGCAAAAUCGAUUGGCAUUUCGCUUUCCACGUCAGCGCUUUUGAGCAGCACACGUACGUUUUCGUCAAACUUGCGAAAACCAUCGGGAUCCUUCAAUUGAUUCCCAAUUGGUCACCUUAUUUUUCACUGGAAGUCCUCGUCUGGAUCUCAAACGUGCGAGGACUUUAUCGAUGUUAUCAUGGUUGUGAUGCUGCUACACAUUCAAUCCUUAUAUCCUUGGAAUAGGCCCACUCUUAUUUAGAAAUAUUUCUUGCU